AUCAUAUUAGCGGCAAUUAUAUCUGCUACAAAAACCUGGGGAAUCUUUACAACCCUCUCAAACCUGCAUAAUCUCUUAUCAGGCUGUAAGAAUGCGCAGCUCCGUGGCGAUCACUACCUUAUUGGGCUUCUCCACAACAGUGGUGAAUGGUUUAGUUCCAACACGAAGACAAUCCGGCCCUUCCUUUGCGGGAAGUAACGAAUAUUUCCUGCAUGCACUUCCAGAGUCAGAGCAGAAGACGUACAUCGAGACGCUCGCUGCACGGGGAGCCAAAGUCUUGAGACUAUGGGUAACCAAUGUCGAAGCCGGCUGCCUCAAAGGCUCCCAAAUCCCUACCACAAUUCCCCCUUUUGAAUCUACAAUCGGCACCUAUGACUCCACCGUCCUCUCCGCCCUCGACACCACACUCUCCCUCCUUCAUGCCUCAAACAUGAAAGCCAUCAUAUCCCCGCAUAAUGCCAAUUCGCUCAGCGGCUCCGCCAGCUGCGACGCCUACUGUGAAAAGUAUGGGGCAGCACCCACAACAUUCUACUCCUCCGUUGCUGCAAAAGCAGACUACGAUGCCCGCCUCUCCGCAAUCCUGCAGUACGCCUCCCCCAACUUCGACGGCCGUGCAUGGAAAGACCUAAGUGAAGUGAUCCUGGCCUUCAACCUCCAGAACGAACCUAUGAUCGAGCAGCUCGAUUUGCUAAAGGGAAAUGAUCCAGAUGACUGGCUUUGUGGCCGCGCUGGGAAUCUACGCCAGGAGUUAGGUGAUUCCAUGAUCAAAGUCGCGACGGGAGGUAUUGGCGGCUCGCAUUAUUGCUGUGAUCAUGAGUUUAAUACGCUCCCCAAGGCCAUGCAGUGUGAUGCUAUUGACAUUAUCAGUAUACAUGGGUAUAAUAGUAGGGCAGGUGACUGGGCGUAUUUCAUCACGGGAGAUGCGGAGGUUGUGACGCCAUCGAAAGAGGCUGGCAAGAACGUUAUGAUUGAGGAGUGGGGGGUUUCCGUCGACUAUCAGGAUGGGUUUGAUGCGCAGGUCAAGGUGUUCAAUGACGCUGGGAUUCCUUGGUUGUACUGGCAGGUUGUGCCUGGUCUGGACGGUAGCCAAUCGGGAGCUCCAACAAACUGCGGUUAUGAUACCUUUGAAAUUGGGCUGGAUAGCUCAAAGGGUGAUGUUGCUAGCGCGAUUAGUGCAGCGAACGCCGCCACUGCAGCCCAAAGCUGGGCGGAUUAUUUUGAUUGAAGACAGCUACUUUACGUACGAAAUGAUGUCAUAAAUGUAUACUUUGUCCUUG